CUGCCCGCCUGGCGCAUGCGACUUGCGUGCGGUGGACGGGGAGGGUCGUACGGCGCUGCAGCUGGCACUGCAGUUCGGGCACGGCCAGGUGGCGGAGCUGCUGCGGCAGCAGGCGGCCUCGCAGCAGCAGCAUCGGGGGGAGCAGGCGCCUCAGCAGCAGGCGCAGCAGGCCCAGCAAGUCCCAGGGCAGGUGCAGGCGCCUCAGCAGCACCCACAGGAGCCCUGCCAGCCGCCGAGUGCCGGAAAAGCGCGAGUUGAGAGGGAAGAGGCUGACACAAACAGGGCGUUGCCGUCGACAGGCUCAGGCGGUGGGGCGGAGGGAUACCAAACCGUUCCUACGGAAACUGCAACCGCGACCGCAGCCACCGCUGCUACUGGUGGCGCAGCGGAGGGUGCAGCUCUGGCGGCUCCCGCGGCGCGUGAAGCAGCCGCCCCCGGGGGGGUGCAGGUACUGCAGAGCACCUCGGUGGGAGCAUCGCUGGCUGCGGCUGUUGGAUCUGGGGAGCAGUACGAGGGCUUGGGGCCUCCGGAAGGGGAGGCGAGCGGCGCCCGUGCCGCUGCCGCCACCACUGCUGCUGAUGCGGUACCUGGUUCCCUCGUAGUCCUCCCAGAGGCGCCGCCUCCGAAACCACAACACCUCCAAGACCAGAUGGAGCCUGCUUCGACGCAGCAGCAGCCCGCGCCGCCCUCUCCUGUGGUUCUGCCCGAACAGGUGUUGCAGCAGCAGCAGCAGCCGGAGCAGCAGCAUAAGGCGCAGGAGCAGGUCCCGGGGCCUCAGCAGCAGCCGAGCAGGCGACCCACGGGUCUCUCUGCGGAGGAGAAGGCGGCCCGGCGAGCGGCGCUGUUGGCGGCGGAUGCGGCGGCGGAAUGCGAGGAGGAGCGGCGGGAGGCAGAGAGGGCUGCUGCUGCCGAGGCUGCUGCGCUGGCUGCUGGGCUGCGCAGUCGCGGCGAGGGUCGCGCCUGGCUGGAUGCGGCUCGGCGGGGCGACCUGGCCGCCCUGCAGCGCAUGCUGGCGGACAACCCGCGGCUGCUGGGGUACCAGGGCCAGGGCACCAGCCUGUCCUUCACCUCCCACAGCGCGCUGCACUGGGCGGCCGCCAAGGGGCACGCGGGGGCCGCCAGGUGGCUGCUGC